AAAACAAAUGUCGCUGUGGUUCGAGUCACGGCUCACGCUAUUAUCUUCUCUCUUGUUACUUAUUUCUCUCGUUCAUCCUCACUCGUGCAAAGCUGUCGAUCUCAAACCGUGUGGAUUCCAAGCGAUCUACAAUUUCGGCGACUCCCUUUCAGACACGGGCAACGCCAUGGCAGAACACCCAAGCCCUCACGCUUGGCAUUAUCCAUUGGGCAUGACGAUCGGCAGAGCCACCGGCAGAGCCUGCGACGGACUGCUCAUUAUCGAUCAUAUCGCUGAAGCAACGGGGCUUCCUUUUUGUAAUCCAUACUUAAACAAGAGCUUAGAUCACUCCAAGGGUGCGAAUUUCGCCGUCGGUGGCACCGGCUUGCUCUCGAAAGAAGAACGAGCGGAAUGGAAUGUCAAUUUCGUAUGGUCCAAUGACUCUCUUGACGUACAACUCCGAUGGUUUGAUCAACAUCUAAACGACAACUUCAAGGACGAAAAAGCUCGCCGAGAUCAUUUGAAGUCGUCUCUGUUCGUCAUCGGCGGCGGAGGCAAUGAUUAUGGCGCCAUGGGCGGUUCACCUCUAUAUGAUAAACUUCCAUAUAUAGAGCAAAAGAAACUCAUAAUGCCUUUCGUCGUCGGAGCCCUAGUUGACGCUGUCAAGGUACGUUCCGUACCUAAUUGUGCAAUCUUAUUAUCUCAUUAUUGUCAAGAACCGGCCAGUUGAUCCCAAUAACUCGAGUUGUUGGGAGAAGUUCAAUCGUGGAUCAUAUACCACAACACUAAUACACGCCCCCUCAAACGAAAGGCACUCACAAGGGCUUGAAGUUUGCACAGGUUUGAAGACAAGAAUACCAUGUGCUUAACAAAUGGGGGUCACCGGGAAUCGAACAUACAAGACCUUUCGGUCACAGAAGGCUCUGAUACCAUGUCAAGAACCAGUUGAUCCCAAUAACUCGAGUUGUUGGAAGAGGUUCAGUUCAAUCGUGGAUCAUAUACCACAACACUAACAAUUAUACUCUCUAUUCGUGUAAUUCGACUGGAUCGACGAAUGGACGUGCAGAAAUUUAUAAGCUACGGAGCAAACAAAGUGAUAGCAACCGGAGUGUACCAAGGUGGAUGCAUAGGCGGAUGCAAAGUGACGGACAAAGGCCUCCAUUGUUGGGAGCCGACCAACGAGUUUCACAAGCUUCACAAUGAGUUCCUGCAGCGGAAGCUCCAGGAACUGGGGAAAGAAUACCCCGAUGCUCGAUUCGCCUACGGAGAUGUCUGGGGCGGCGCGCAGUGGAUCUGGGACCGUUAUCAAUCUCUUGGUUAUGUUUAUCCGCAAAAGGCUUGUUGUGGGGAUAAAGACCACAUGUAUUGUGGCAUGGACGGGACUCCGUGGUGCAGUAAUCCAAACGAGCACGUGUUUUGGGACUGUCCUGGGCAUUUUACGGAUAAGUCUUACCGAUACAUGUAUCAGCAGAUGAUUCCACGGAUUGUGGAGGAACUUCAGUGCGACGACAAGAAGAAUGAAUUGUAGAACAUUAGCAUACGCAGUAGUAGUAGUAAUAGAGGAAAGGCCCAUCGAUCGAGGGAGAUAUAUGAUGUUAUGUAACCUAGUUUCAGCACCACAUUAAUAAUAAUCCAGACAAAGUAUUACUG